AUGGAUAAUCCAAAACAAGUUGCAAAUUCUUGCUACCAGAGUAAACACACAAAACAUCCAUUGAAGGAAGUCUUCAAAAACUCAAAAUUUGAGUGCGAAUGCUGCAAAAUUGAGGGUCAAGGCAUGAGAUAUCGAUGCCAUGAAUGUAAUGUCGAUAUCCAUUUGUCGUGUGAGACUUGCCCGAGUUCGCUCCCUUCGUUUACACACCCAAAUCACACACUACAAUUUAUGGACAAACCAAAGUUACCUAUCCAUAAAUGUAACCUUUGUCUACAACGUAUCAAAGGUAAGGUUUAUAGGUGUAAGGAAUGCAGGUUUUUUGUGCAUCCUAUGUGUAGUCAAUUUCCUGAAUAUUUGGUUGAGCAUGACAUACACCCUCCUCAUACUUUGAAGCUUCAACUAAUGGCUUCUAGUAAGUGUGAUGUUUGUGACAAAUCAUGUAAACAUUGGAGGUAUUUUUGUGAAAUUUGUGAUGUUCAUAUUCAUGUUGGGUGCUUGCCUGGCAAAGGUACUAGUGAUGAUGAUGAUGAUGAUGAAGGUGGAUUUGGAGGAAUCAUUUUUGACAUUUUAAGUACUCUUAUUAUUAAUGCUCCUUCAGGUUAA